AUGUGCACAGUUCGAACAUCGCGUGCUCUCAUCUCGUUUAGUCUCAUUGCUUAUAUUACAAAUUAUUAUAAAGAGCUAGGUCAUAACGACCCGCAUUGUCAACAACGACGUACAUAUGCAGCUGCAGCUGCUCAACGAACCGUUUUUCAAUCUACAC